CUGCAAUCACUAGCUACCCAGGCACGACGCUAAACCAUCUCGGAGAAACUACUAGCUAGCACUGAGCAAUGGCUUCCAAUGCGAGCUUGUUGGCCGUGAUCAUGGCGUGCACCAUCCUCGGCGGCCACACGUGCCACGGCGCACGCCACCUGGCCGACACCACGCCGGCGGCUGCCCCACCCGCUGCGGCUGCUGUCCCUGGCCUCCCGGCCGUGCCUACCAUGCCGACCCUGUCACCGAUGCCGGCUAUGCCAACGGUUCCGGCCGUGACAGUGCCAGCUAUGCCGACGGUGCCUGCGCUGACCGUGCCACAGGUGACACUACCUCCUAUGCCUGAUGUUCCUUCCGUGCCCAAGGUGACCAUGCCUCCGAUGCCCGCCAUCGUCGUGCCCAAGGUGACCAUGGCGCCGAUGCCCGCCAUCGUUGUGCCUAAGGUGACGGUGCCACCGAUGCCCGCUAUUCCUUCCAUGCCCAAGGUGACACUGCCGCCGAUGCCUUCUAUCCCAACCGUCAACGUGCCUAUGCCGUUCCUGGCGCCGCCUCCAUCAGCAUAGGUGUGCCAUGUGCAUGGUGUUGCAUUGACGGUCUCACGCUCUUCAUGUUUGAUCAAGUGCUAGAUCACUCGCCUGCUCCUGUGUGAAAAUAUUUGUGUUCGCCAUGUGUGUUUUGCAUUUCAAGUAUCAGAUGUCAGUUAGUGUGGGUUGAUUUUUUGGGUUGUCCCAAUACAUAUGCGGUAUUUCUAUGUAUUUAAUGAUGUAUUUCUGUUCUAUCAUUCUUAUAUUGGAGGAGGGAUAAAAAACUUUAAGAUU